AUUCCUUCUCUCUGUCUAUGACGAGCAUUUAAGAUAGAAAAGUUUGAUCGCUUUUCAGACCUUUUCAGCGCAAACCACAGCCCUCACAGGACUGGGUAGAUUGCAUCCACUGCUUGAUUUUUGUUGUAACACAAAGCAAAAUUUAGAUAUCUUUUGCACUUUUAUCCUAAUGGUUUAUUGAAACUCAUUUGAUCUAUUUCGACCACUGAAUUUGUGUUGAUGCGUCUGUUCACAUGGAACAAGUGCAGGUGCAGCUUGCGCAGUACUGCCUCUGGUGAUGCUCACGACUGAUAAGGACUACUGACGUCAGGAAGUGGGCUCACUCCCUCUCUCCCAUUCGGAUUGUGUAAAAAAUGGGAGCAUUAGAUUCUCUGAGAGAAUUCAGUUUUCUGACAUGGCUGAGAGAAAGAAGAGAGUCCAGAAAACUGAUCUUGCUAAUCGUAUUCAUCGCUCUUCUGCUGGAUAAUAUGCUUUUGACGGUGGUCGUGCCCAUAAUCCCCAGCUACCUUUACACAAUGGAUGAUGAGGCUGUUCUGAGUACCCCCACGAGUCCCCCCUCUCCUCCCUCCAGCACGUUCCAGUCCAUUGUGUCACUUUAUGACAACUUUACGUAUGAGACCAGUGGCCUGCUCUCCACUCCGCGACCACUGGCUCCCUCCACAGCCAUCGCCCCAGCCUCAGCCUCAGCCUCAGCCUUAGCCCCCGCUAACGCCACUGGACCAGACUGCCACAAAGGCGACAAACAGCUCCUCAAUGAGAAUGUGAAAGUAGGACUCCUCUUUGCCUCCAAGGCCACUGUGCAGCUCAUCACCAAUCCUUUCAUCGGGCCCCUCACCAACAGAAUAGGUUACCAGAUCCCCAUGUUCGCUGGCUUCUGCAUUAUGUUUCUCUCCACUAUCAUGUUUGCAUUCUCAAAGAGCUACACUCUGCUGUUUCUGGCCCGAUCUCUACAGGGGGUUGGGUCCUCAUGCUCCUCAGUAGCAGGAAUGGGAAUGCUGGCAAGUGUGUAUACUGACGAUGAGGAAAGAGGCAAUGCUAUAGGAAUAGCUCUUGGAGGACUAGCCAUGGGAGUACUGGUGGGUCCUCCGUUUGGUAGUGUGAUGUACGAGUUUGUCGGGAAGACCGCGCCUUUCCUCAUCCUGGCUGUCCUGGCUGUGCUGGAUGGAGCGUUACAGCUCUUCAUCCUGCAGCCCUCGAAGGUGGAGCCAGAGAGUCAGACAGGCACGCCACUCCUAACGCUCAUGAAGGACCCCUACAUUCUGAUCGCUGCAGGUUCCAUUUGUUUUGCUAAUAUGGCCAUUGCCAUGUUGGAGCCGGCUCUGCCUAUUUGGAUGAUGGAGACCAUGUGCCCCAGAAAAUGGCAACUCGGUGUUGCGUUCAUUCCUGCCAGUGUGUCUUACCUCAUAGGCACCCACAUCUUUGGCGUUAUGGCACACAAAAUGGGCAGAUGGCUCUGCUCCCUUAUUGGAAUGCUUCUGGUGGGGGUCAGUAUUCUCUGCGUGCCUUUUGCCAAAGACAUCUAUGGACUAAUUCUGCCAAACUUUGGAGUAGGGUUUGCUAUCGGGAUGGUGGAUUCCUCCAUGAUGCCCAUCAUGGGGUACCUGGUAGACCUGCGGCAUGUGUCUGUCUAUGGGAGUGUGUAUGCCAUCGCUGAUGUGGCGUUCUGCAUGGGAUUUGCAUUGGGUCCCUCAGCUGGUGGGGCCAUCGCUCGGAGCAUCGGGUUCCCCGCCCUCAUGACCAUCAUUGGGAUCAUCGACAUCCUCUAUGCCCCGCUCUGUUACUUCCUCAGAAGUCCCCCUGCCAGAGAGGAAAAAAUGGCCAUUCUCAGCGACUCAAACUGCUCGAUGAAGACACGCUCCUAUUCUAUGCAGGGCACGAGCUACCAGAUGGGUGACGACUUCGAAACUGAGAGUGAUGAGUAGCCAGUCUUUGUCCAGCAUGCACAUGACCUUCAAGAGUAUCUAUUUUGUCGUACAAAAAAAACUGAGAAAAAAAAGGAAACUAAACAAAAUCACGAGUCAAAAAUCUCCAGGGAUGGGAAUGUCUCUGAGUUGUCACUGUCACUGUCAUGCAAAAGGGAAACAGGCAAAACGCUCUCUUGUUGUCGCCCCAUGGCUUACAAAAGAGCAUUUUGCAGCGAUCGGAGCUGUAGCCAACAGCCUUACCAAAACAGAAUGGAGAGGAGGAGGAACAGGGUCUAAAUGAAAACAGGGUUUCCCUUAUAGGUAAUUAAAGGUCAAUAAUUGACCCUGUGUAGGUCAUUAGAGGUCAAAUGAUGAGUUAUACAUUCCAGUGACAGUAUUGACAGCUACUGAGCCUGAAAUAUAAGCCAAGGCAGUUUAAUACAGAUGGUGUUGAUGUGCUUCUUGUCAUUUAUGGAAGCUGUCUUUUCAUGCAUUUGGAUGCGCUGGUUCAUAAUUGUUCAUGACAUUGAAUUGAUUAAUUUGCUGUGUUUUUAAAUUACUAGUGUCUUCAAAUGCCUUUCCACAUGUGUUAUCCCCCAUUUAGUGAUGAUUUACAAAAGACAGAGGCAUCAAAAGAUCUUCCUAGUUAAAAGUCUGGCUUUUUCAAAGAUGCAUAAUUGUUAUCCUCAUGGAGUUCUGAAGAUGAGAUUGUGGUGAAGUGAUUAUGAUUAUGAUUAUAUCAGAUGUUUACAUUUAGGCAUUCGCAGAUGUUUUAUCUGUUAGCGAUGGGCAAUGGAGAUGAAGAAAUUAAUAUUUAAAUACCAGUAUAUCAGCCAGUUCAUAUAUGGAAAACAUUUAAACAGUUAUUAUGCCAUAGGUGUUCUGUAUACAUCUUUGAAUUAAACAUGCAGAUAAAAUGGCUGACACCACAGCCGUAGGUACACUACUACUUGUUGCAGUAAGUGUUACUGCCUGAAUGAAGCCAUAGAGAGCAGGUGUUACCCUUUGUAGUAGCCUACCUGUAUCCUGUAUUAUAUUUAAAACAGCACAAUUCAGAUCCAUGCCAUGAAUUCAGAUCCUGACCUUCAUUGACAAAAUGAGCAGGGUGGGUUUGAAGAAACUUGAGCAUCCCAGACCAUACACAUAGGCUCAAACCUUUUUUUUUUGUAAAUAGAGACGGUAUAUUUUAGUAAAUUGUUUUACAUGUAUGGGAGAAGGGACAAAUGAGUCUGUUUGAAGCCAUGGUUCCAUGGAAUCAUGGUGUUUCUUUCUGUCUUAACUAUUUGUUGUGUCAAUCUGUUGCUGUGCUGAUCGCCAUCUAAAUCAUAAUACUCAAUGAAAAACAACCACACUACUUAUAGUUAAUCAAAUACUCACCUGUAUGACUGGAAUGCUAUUACAUAUUAAUGAUGUCAAAUAUUCAUUCAAAUUUUGUGACAAAACGGGACUUAAACUUAACUUGAACCUUCUAUCAUAAACACGUUGUGGCAAAAAUUAUAUCAUAUUUCAACAUUUUCAACAGUUGUCCCUUUGUUUUUGUGGCCUUUGCAGAACGAAGUUGCUCUGGAUAUUCAUUUAAAUCUAAAGUGCCAUUAUUGUGUCACAGAAUUGACUAUAGGGAUUGAGCAGGAUUUGUAUCAUGUGCCAAACUACCUUAAAAAAGGUUUUUCUCUCAAAUCAGUUCUGGAGGUACCAGUAAAAGACUAGUCUGUGACUACUGAUAAACGAAAAAUUCCCCACAUCAUGCUAAUGUGUGGUCACAGGCUGUAAUUUUGGUUUGUUAUCUUGGUGAUAUUUGCUAGAUGAUAAUGUUGUGAUACAGGUUCAGAGUAUUUCCAACUUUCACCUAAACCUCUUAAAUGGCUACCAGACCAGUUGGUGAGGGUCCACCUGUGCCUUAUAUGAAUUAACCACUUAACAAAUCUAGGUCUGAGGGUUCAAGUCAUGUGAACUCAAUCUUCAUUCAGAACAACCUAUUAGUCAGGUUUCAGUUCAUGUCAGUUAUAACUUUAUGUCAGCACCAUCGUUUUACUCUCACUGGAAUUUGUGUGUUGACAGUAGCUUUGCCAAGAAUAGUAAAGCAAGUUCUUAGUAUUGUCAUUACAGGCUACAUCUGUUUGAGUGAGAGCUAGGUAAGCAGACAUGAUAUUCAGUUCGUUUUAGCCACUCUGCUUGUUGUCCCUUUUAAACAGAGGGAUUGCUAUACUGCCAUUAAGAAGACCCCUCAUUAUGAUACCUCCGCUUGUUGAGAUUGAGGCAAACAGAGGCAGCAUAAUGCCGCUUCAGUGUGUGCAUUUGGAUAGCAUGCUAGCGUCCCGGAACCUGAGGUGCGACGUUUAACAUAGCGUCUAUCAUGACGUAUUCGAGACCACUUGGAAGUCGGACGUUUUGAACUCGGAAAAUUGCACUAGAACGCUACCUGAAGACAGAGGUCCGACUUAAAAACUGAGAAAGAAAUAUCCCCAGCUUCAGUGAGACGUGUCAAGGGUGAACAGAUGCCCUGCUUUGUGUUGACCUGCACAUCAUUUUGACUCUUUGUCCUGCGUCUCACAUAUUAAGAUUAUUUCCUACAUUUCCAUUGGUCAUUUGUUUUUUUUAAUUGUCAGAAAUAAGAACACAGAUAUGCAUUCUUUUUACCUGUCCAGCACAUGAGCUGCUUAUGCUGCUGCGGCAUAGUUUCUACGCUAUUUAAUAGUAGGCUACUACGUCAAAUGCAGCAACCUGGCUUAUACAAAUGCAAGCCAAGCUUUUCUAAAUCAUAUAACUGUGCAGACGUUGUGCCGGUGAGACGUUGAGACGUUGUGCCGGUCACAGAAACCAAAUAGGCGGGACAAUGUGUGGGACGAUGUCACAAAUUUACUAGGCUACUCAUCCCACAUUUGGUCUGUUUGCAUCUGAGCCUAACAGAGACCUUGACUAUAUCAAAGUUUAAAAACCCUUUGAAAUCUGCGAGAAGAUGCAUGAAAAGACAGUGUGUCAAAAUGAACAAGAAAAAAGUUCGUAAUUAUUGAUACCCAUGAGUUUAUUGUGUUUACGUUUGACAUUAAAGUCAAGGCUGGGAAAAAUCCUGUCAGACGUUCCGAAUUCUGAGUGGUCUCGACUGUGCCAUAACAUUUUUGUCGGAAAUAAAGUAGCCUAGGCUACUUGUUACUUUCAAAAACAAUGAUGGGUGAACUUAGUGUCGGCAGGCUCUCGCAAGCCUUGCACAUUUAUAGCUAUAUUCAGACUCAAUCAAAGUUGUUGUGCGUCUUAUACAACACGUUUAUACUCAUCAUGUCAGAUUUGUGCACAGUAGUCCUGCUUUCCUUUGGUUAGCUGCUAGACUGCGUCACACCCCUAUCCCACCAUGCUGGCUCUCGGUUUUACACAAAUGCCGAUCCAGCUCUGUGACUACCUCCACUGCUGGCUUAAACAACAAGGAACCCCACCCCAUUCCGUGUUCGUAGCUUUUAUACAGAAUGACGAGCCAGAAUAAAGGCGCAACAUUCCCGCCUUGAUCAUCAGGCUGUAUAAAAUGCCCCUGUGGUUAUCUUGAAGCCCCUUAUGGCAAUGGAAGCACACAGCAUCACACUCAUACACUCUCACACAAAUCACAAAUAUGGCAAAAGAUACUGGUAUAUUUCUGUACGAAUUCACAGCGAGAGGCAGUGUUGCACAGGACUCGUACUCCUCACCGAUGAGAUUAAUAAAUCCGCAAUUUUACUUGAGUCCAUGAUGAUGCCAAGGCGAUACUCCUACAAAACAUUUUUUAAGAUGUGUGAUCUGUGUGGAUACCAAGUAUUUAGUCUCUGAACAGGUUUCACCCCUAAUCAGAAGCACACAUCAUUUUUUUUUUUUUUUUAAACAGUUUGUGAAAUUAAAGCAGGUGAAAUCUGUAAUAUGUAAGUAUACUUCACUGUCAUAUGUCACUUUCCUGAAGGGACCACACCUCACCUUUAACUGCCAUCACGUCUGACCAAUGAUGGCGUUGUCAUAAAGUUCAAUUUAAGUGUUACUGAUAUGACUGUAGAUGUAAGCUGCAGAUGUAAGAGUAAAUAUAGAGGAAGUUUUCUGAACCUGAUGUCCUGUCAACAGAUCAUAUAAAAAUAUAUUGUGGAGAUGGGUAUACAUAUAUAUUUUUUGUUAUAUGUUUUGUAUAUUAUAAGUGUGCGACAUGCACAAAUGUGUAUGCGUGUGUGUUUACCGGUGUUGGUGUAUGUGCCUUUAAACCUGUGUAUGUCUUCGGUUUGUGGGUGUCAAUUAUAUCAGAUAUAAACUAUUGUAACUGGUACAAACAAGUGUGAAUAUUUCCUCUAGAUGAGCCUUUGGCUAUCUGUGGGAAGUCUCAGGCGUGUGAUGACUGUGAAUUCAGUGUCAGUACAGGAUUGAAAAAAAAAAACUCAAAUAAAUGUUGUUCCCAAA